CCGCCCCGGAAGAAGAUGCUCGCUCCUCCUCCUCCGAGGCCAAGGCGAGCUCCUAGCUCGGGGCUCCCAACAGGACUAGUGAGGCUUCGCCGACCGCCAGCGAAGGGCCGGGCGCGCCGCACGCAGAGGCAGCCACCAGCCACACUUCACGGCUCGCUCACGCCACACACACUUGGGCGGACACGGCAGCGGCGCGACUUCGGCCACGCUCACAACUACACAAAAGAACACAAAGCUCCCUGGGCAGUGAGCGGACGGAAGCCCGACAGGGGGGGUUGUCGCCGUGCAGUGGUCCUCACUGAGCGGCUCGAGGCAAGCAAGAGGAGUGCAUCCCCAGCGACCGACGACCAUGCCGGCCCCGUGGUGCUGAGAAGAGCCGACGAAGCGCAUGUCGUCGCCGCGGGCAGCAGAGAUGGUGUCCUCGGGUCUAGCCCAAAGAUUGCUGCUGCUAUCAUCGCUCGCACUGUGCUUCUAUAGCGCACUGUCUUCUAAUUACCCGGUAAGUC